AAACAUUGUACGUCUUUAUUUAAUUUUUAUCCAUGAUUUUAGAAGUAAUCACACGUAUAUCAUUGUUUGAUCUCUCAACAAUAACAAUUCCAUCAUGACUACACCAAUAUUAACAAAACAACAACAAAGACGAAGUUUGUCAGCAAAAAAAGGACCUAUGAAAGGAUUGCGUAAUGUCCUAGCUCAACCACAUGAUAAUUAUUGGCCUGUGCUACACGAGAAGGAUAAUGUUAAACUAGGUUCCAUACUGAUAGAUUUAUUUCCCGCAUUAAGAAGAUCAUCGUCAGUUACAAAAAAGAAAAGUACAGAAAUAGAAGUAAAAGAAGAACCAGAAAUUAGUAAACAAUCACUAUCUAAUAAGGAUAUAUUAAAUUCAGUGUACCUUGGUAUCAAUACUGUUACACGUUCAUUAGAAAGAAACACAGCAUGUUGUGUCCUAUUAGAUGCUAAUGUGGAACCACCAUUUUUAAUAAAGCAUAUUAUUAUGAUGGCGCAGAUGAAAAAAGUACCAUUGCUUCUUGUACCUUUUUUUAAAAUUCUUACACUAGAGAAUAUUGGAUUUAAAUGUUCUGCAUUUGCUUUGAAGAAAGUAGUGUUAUCUUCAGAUCAUCAUUUUUAUACGUUAUAUAAUAAUGUAUUGGAAAUAUCUAAAAAUUAUCCUGCAUCAACACAGUCAUUACAAAUAUUCCCCUCUGAUGAAGCUUUAGAUUGUACAAUAUCUGAUGUCACUGAAGUAAAUAAUAGUGUACCUAAAGAAAAUACUUCUGAGGUUAACAAAUUAAUCCCAGAUGAAAAUGUAUAUAAGUUUAGAUCAUCACGCAAAGAAAGAAUAUUUAUUCCACCAAAUGCAACCUGUAAUACCAGUAAUAUUCAAGAGGAAAAUACUGAUUUUAUUUCCAUAACUAAUGUCAGUCUUAAUGAUAAUGAUAACAAUGUAUCAAGUUUACAAAGCACGAGAUAUUUCGAUUUUUCUUUAGAUAAGGUUAACGAAUCUAAAGAAGUAAUAAGAAAAAGAAAAAAUAAUACAAGUGAUGUAAAAAUGAAUUCUAACAAGAAAUCUAAUAAUAUUAUGUAUCUACCCUUGAAAGUAAAACAAUUGCGAGGAAAUAAUAAUAGAACAAAAGCUACUAAAGUUCCUAAAAAUAAGAGGUAUAAUCUACAUAAAUAA